ACCAAGUGCACUCGCCAGCGCGGCGGGAGCUAAAAAAUAUUGCUCGAUAGGGAUUUUUUGAGCCGACAGAAAAUUGAGGCCUUUUAUGUGGUUGGCUUUCCCUCGAUCUUAUCAACUCCGGUGCUCGUCCUCCUCGGUCUGUCAAGGUCAAGACGUUGAACUGAGGCGUGUGGCUAAUUCGUGAUUUAAGUGCUCCGGAGUAUUCUUGAUUUUUCCUCUCGUCUUGGCUUUUCUCCCAGAGACCCCACUAGUCCGACAAUGGCGCCGGAGAAAGGACUCGAGGAGAAACCGCCGCCGGGCAACGGGCCGGAAACGGAAGUCGAUCACGACGCUGUCUCGCCGGCCCCCGCACCCGGCGGCCGAUGGGCCCGGACUUGGGACCUCCUCCGGAAGGCGGCCGCGUUCGGCCGCGUCGAGGUCCGCGGCAUCACGCCGAUCCCGGUCAAGGAACGCACGGUCGAGAGAACGGUCAACGUCUUCACGUUGUGGUGGUCCAUGAACACCAAUAUCCUGGGGAUCACGUUCGGCAUGCUUGGCCCCGGCUACGGGCUCAACCUACGGGACAGCUCUCUGAUCAUCCUGUUCUUCACGCUGCUGACCACCCUGCUGCCCGCCUUUCUGGCCACGCUGGGUCCCAAGCUCGGCAUGAGGCAGAUGUUACAGGCUCGGUACAGCUUUGGUCGCUACCUGGUCUCGAUCCCCGUCCUGCUCAACCUCGCCACCCUCACUGGCUUCUGCGUCAUCAUGGCCGUCGUCGGCGGCCAGUGCCUUUCCGCCGUAGCGGACGGAAACCUGAGCGUGACCGUCGGGAUCGUCAUCACCGCUGUCCUGACCCUCGGCAUCUCCUUCUGCGGCUUUACCGUCCUGCACAACUACGAGCGCUUCGCCUGGAUCCCCGCCAUCAUCUCCAUCGUUGUCGCCGUCGGCACGGGCGGCAAGGAGCUCCGGAACCAGACCACCUACGACGCGCCCCCGCCCGCCUCGUCGGUGCUGUCCUUCGGCAUGAUCGUCGCAUCCUACAUGGUGCCGUGGGCGUGUCUGUCGUCGGAUUUCACAACCUACCUCAAGCCGGACACAUCCUCGCUCAAGAUCUUCACCUACUCCUACCUCGGCCUGGCGGUGCCCACGGUCCUCCUCAUGGUCCUCGGCGCCGCCAUCGGCAACGCGAUCCCGAACGUGCCGGCGUGGCAGGCCGCCUACGACGAGACGUCGGUGGGCGGCGUGCUGGCCGCCAUGCUCGCGCCCGCCGGCGGCUUCGGCAAGUUCCUCGUCGUCGUCCUCUCCUUCUCGCUGCUGGGCAACCUGGCCGCGACGAGCUACAGCGUCACGCUCAACCUGCAGCUGCUGCUGCCCUUCCUGGUGCGCGUGCCGCGCUACCUCUUCUCGCUCGUCUUCGCGGCCAUAGUGAUCCCCGUCGCCAUCCGCGCCGCCGCCGACUUCUUCGCCAACCUCGAGAACUUUGUUUCGCUCAUCGCCUACUGGAGCUCCGCCUUCCUGGCCAUCGUGCUGGUCGAGCACUUUGUGUUCCGGAAGGGCGACUGCCGGGCGUACGACCCGGAGGCGUGGAACGACGCGCACAGGCUGCCGUGGGGCGUGGCGGCGCUGGCGGCCGGCGUGCUGAGCUUUGGGCUGGUGGUGCCCAGCAUGGCGCAGGUGUGGUGGACGGGGCCGAUCGCGGAGACGACCGGGGAUAUCGGGUUUGAGGUGGCGUUCGUGGUGAGCGGGUUGUUGUAUGUGCCAUUUCGAUGGGUGGAGCGGAAAUGGACAGGCAGGUGAUGCGCCGGGGUGGUUCCGAGCGGGAGAAGGGGGUGCUUGUGGUUUCGACGGGCAGGCAAGAGCAUGGCGUUUGAAGACGGGAAGCCGCCAUUUAGAAAGGAAAAA